UGGAGGCGGCGGUCGAGCGGUGAAGCGGAGGCGGGAUUGGGGGGCAGACGGAUCGCUGCCGCUCUUCGCUCGCUACACAGUAACUCCAGUCAAGAUUACAUUUUGCUUCUUGCGUGUGUUGGUAGAGGUUUCAAGACCGAUGCAAAAGAAAUGGCGAGUGAAAACCACAGUAGUCUGCAAGCAGACCCCACAGUUAUUGUCGAGGCGGGCACAGCCAACAAGGGACAGCCUUCAUCACCGAAGUCUGUUAAACCAGUGGCGCAAGAUUUACCAGAUGAGUUGGUUCAGGCAGGAUGGUCAAAGUGUUGGAGUAGGAGAGAAAAAAGACCAUAUUACUUCAACAAGUUCACUAACCAGUCGCUUUGGGAAAUGCCUGUAUUUGGACAGCAUGAUAUAAUUUCUGAUCCUCUUGGCUUAAAUGCAACUGUGGAGUCAAGCGAAGGAGAUUCGGUCGCCGACAGUGGGCAAAGAAAGCGACGGCAUUCUGAUGAUACUCAACAACAAUCAGCAAACAGCUUCAAAAAACCCCGAAUAGAUGCACCAUUGACUCCCACGACUUUGGUAAUUCCUAUUUCGCCUAUUGCCACCGCCACUUCCAGCAUACCUGCCUCCAGAACAAGCAGAACAAAUUCUGCUGAUGAGAAACAACAGCUAGCACCGACAUCAGCACAAGCAUUGGCAGCAGCAUCCUCCUCCUCCUCAUUGUCUUCACCACCUAUGCCUGCACCUGCACCUGCACCUGCACCUGCACCUGUAUCUAUCCGUCCUACAGCUGUGUACUGGGACCUUGAUAUUCCAACUAACGCAGUGUUAAAAGAGCGUCCUCCAAUUGAGAUGCUUCCACCGCAUCCAGAUGUGGAAAUAUUACGUGCACAGCUGACAGUGAAACUGAGGCAACACUACCAGGAGCUCUGCCAACAAAGAGAAGGGAUUGAACCACCUCGUGACUCUUUUAAUCGCUGGCUUUUGGAGCGCAAGGCCAUCGAUAAAGGCAAGGACCCACUGCUCCCCAGUGACUGUGAUCCUGUUGUUUCUCCCUCUAUGUUUCGUGAAGUGAUGAAUGACAUUCCUAUCAGGUUGUCUCGCAUUAAGUACAGGGAAGAAGCUCGGAGAUUGCUUUUCAAAUAUGCUGAGUCUGCAAAACGAAUGAUUGAAUCCAGAAAUGCUACCCCAGAUGUCAGGAAAACUGUGAAGUGGAAUGUUGAAGAUACUUUCAACUGGCUACGAAAAGAACCAUCUGCUACAAAGGAAGAUUACAUGGAGAGACUUGAGCACUUGCGGAAACAGUGUGGGCCCCAUGUCGCAGCAGUGGCAAAAGAUUCGGUAGAAGCAAUCUGUGGGAAGAUCUACAACAUAUCUGGUGAAUACGUGAAGCGGGUUCGUGAAAAGCAUUUACAGUUACUCAAAGAGUGCAAUAUAUCAGAAAAGGUAGAGAAACCGGAGGUAAUGGACAGAUUGGUGUACUGCUACCCUUUGAGACUCGCAUUCCCUGCAAUCCCACUCCCACGUACUGAUUUGCACUUUGAGAAUGAACUUGCCUGUUUACGAUAUAAAGGAGAAGUUAGAAAAAUCAGCCGCAACUACUUGAGUAAACUGGAACAGCUCUAUAAGUACAGUUGUAUUGAUGAUGUGCGAUUUGAUAAGUUCCUGACAAGAGUCUGGUGCUUACUCAGGAGGUACCAGUCCAUGUUUGGUGUUGGGACACACGAAGGCACUGGCUUUCAGGGGGCUCUACCAGUACCUGUGUUUGAAGCUCUGAACAAACAAUUUGGCGUAACGUUUGAGUGUUUUGCCUCACCACUGAACUGUUAUUUCAGACAGUACUGCUCUGCGUUUCCUGACACUGAUGGUUACUUUGGAUCCAGGGGCUCAUUCUUGACUUUCUCACCGGUCAGCGGCUCCUUUGAAGCAAACCCUCCGUUUGGUGAAGAGCUGAUGGACUCUAUGGUUACACACAUGGAGGAACUGUUGGGAAAUUCAAGUGAGCCACUUUCAUUCAUAGUGUUCAUUCCUGAAUGGAGGAACCCUCCAACACCAGCUCUGGUUCGGAUGGAGGAGAGCAAGUUUAAACGACACCAAAUCAUAGUGCCAGCCUAUGAGCAUGAGUACAGGAGUGGAUCACAGCACAUCUGCAAAAAGGAGGAUAUCUACUAUAAAGCUGUGCAUUCUACAGCUCUCAUCUUCCUGCAGAAUGAUGCUGGCUUUGCAAAAUGGGAGCCCGUGCCUGAUCGGGUCCAGCAGCUAAUGGCAGCCUAUAAACUGACAGGAAAGUCAUCUUCAUCCUCCUCAUCCUCCUCCUCCUCAUCGUCAGCUGGCGAGAAAGACCAGGAACAGGGUCGGGACCAAAGCAGCAACACUGUGCGUCACUGAACUGAGACUAAGCUUGUUUGCAAGUUAGAGGCAGCACGGUGCAGUUAGUAGUGUGUGGUUUUAAAUAGGUGGACUCGAUACAAGCUGCAAAUCAUUGUUGUCACCAGCAAGAAAAUGUAUAUAUUGUACAGUGUAUUUCAAAACAGACUCAGAAUUCUGGGUUCUUAAUGUUUCUGUUUGUUGUUUUUCUUUUACUGAAGUGUUUAGGGGAGAGAAGCAGAAUAUGUCUGUAAUAUAUUCUAUGGAAAUAUUUCAUAACAGAAUACCAUGUCAGUUUUAUCAGCUUUCUUAUUUUUUUGAGAUUAUGCAAUUCUGCCUAAUAUUUUUUUAAAACUUUGCAAAUAGUGGCUGCAGACAUUUUCCGUUUUAAUGCAGGAAUUUCUUUUCAAUGCAAAGAAUUAAGUGUAAGUGUACAAACCAAUGGAUAGGAAUUGAUUGGUGUUCCUGUAAGAAGUGUUGCUUCUUGUUGACCUGUGUAGACUGUAUCUCCGAAUUGUUCAAUGGUAGCGUAACGCACUGAACAUUUGAAUGUACAGCAUCCAUUGCAGCCGUUGCAUUUAACCCUUUUCUGGCACAGGGGUGUUAGAUGACCUUGAGAAGGGAGCUAUUGAAUGUUACAGGAAAAGAGCAGGGACUUGAGAUAACAGAGGUGAGCUGCCUGUGGAGGGUAGGGGGCAUGGGCUCCUUCUGAGCUCUCUUUGGUCAGGUUUAGGAUUUGUUAAGCACUCGGAGUCUUGUCGACAUGGUUAGUUUCAUUGAUGGUUUAAAUAGUAAGGUCUCUUAACUGUGCAGCAACCUGUGAAGGCCAGGCAUUGGAUUGGACUAAAUGGAAUCCCUCUGCCAGCAAUGAGCUUUCGGUGAUCAUUAUAAAAUAACUAGAAUUCAGUACUGUUCUCAGCUAGGCCAGCCAGAAAAGUGUUAAAUACAGGGUUGCUCCACAUGGAAAAUAUAGCUCAAUAAGUUGCCUUGUGAAAAAUGCAACUGAGAGAGAAAGGCAUUAUGUGCCCAUACUUGCAAGGCGAGAUUACCAGGAGUUUUAGUUUUUGAUUUUUGCCACACCUGCAGACUGCGAAGAGAAGCUGUUGUCGAAAUGGUAGUGCAGCACUGAUUGCUCACAGAGCACAGUUCAGGAGGUACCGCAUCUGGUGCUAGACUCAGCAUUGUCAGUAAUGGCUCACUGUUGUGGUGCACACUGAACACCGAUCUCUUGCUAUCAAACAUGGAGGUCUGGUUGAUCUGAGCAAGGCUGUAAACCAAGAAAUUUCUCAACCGUUUAUCAGUUCACAACAUUAUAUUGAGCUUAUUUCUAAUUUACAGAGUCCACAGAACCUCACAAGUUUGAUAAGCAGCUUCUUAUUACAAAGCUUUAAAACAGCAACUGUGCAAAAUGAAGGUCUGAGUGUGCUUGUGGUUAAUGUUUGUUAAUGUAUCUGCCAAAAGGGAGUGUCAGAAUUGAUGAUGAGGAGUUAAAAGAAUACUAUAUAUACAAAAUGCUGGAAAUGCUCAGCAGUUCAGGCAGCAUUUGCUGAGAGAGAAAAAGACUUAAUGCUUCAGAUCUGUGGCCCUUUGUCAGAACUGGAAAAUGUGUUAACCAAUGAAGGGUCACAAACCUGAAACUUUAACUCUGCUGCUUUCCCCAUAGAUGCUGCUUGACUUGCUGAGUAUUUGCAUUUUGUUUUUCAGUUUUCCAGCAUUCGCAGUAUGUUGCAUUGAGUUUAUAGCUUAGUUUUUUUCAAGUAAUAGAAAAUGACAUUCAGCCUCAACAUGUAUCCAAUCUGUUGGCUUAAACUGUCGUUCACUAAUUUUAUAACUGAAUCUCCAUUGUUUUACCUGAUAUUAAUCCCUCAACCUGUCACCCUGUUGCUCUAUCAACCAUUGGUUUAUUGACUGUCCUAUAACUAUAAAAAGGAACCCUUUGAUUAUUUUUCAUUCUAUUGAGAAAACACCCACAAAUUCCUCAGAAAGUAGUUUAGGGUUUUGAUAACAAACUCCUUCUGUCUGGGUCUGAAGUGUGGGACACCCUUGAAAUCAUUUGUGAAGCACACUCCACAUGAUGUGUGCCCUGCAGUUCCACUCAAUCUAAACAAAAACCCAGUCUUCUUUCAUUCUGCUGGUGCCCUGCCUGAGUAGCUAUGAUUUCUUGUUACUUCCCUUGCUUUGCCCCCUUGCUUUGCUGUUCGAUGUAAAGUUGAAAAUUCCCAAAGGUGGAGGAAGUUCUCUUUUUGACUCUUGUGAACUGGAGUUUAAACUCCCCUUAUGUAGCUUUAAGGGAGGAGGGUCUUCUUAAACCCAGCAGGUACCUUUCCACCAAUUACCCACUCACUUACCUCUGACCUGUCUGAAACUUUACAGCAAGGACUAUGGCCAUCCUUGGCCCUGUUGAGGUGCUUGAGUGUGACUAGUAGUUGCUUAAGGACCUCAUUCCAUCCUCACACUAGUUAUUCCAUCUUAAACCAUUUAACGGAUGGCCCAGCGUUUGAGAACGUUGCAGCAAUCGCAGCUUUCCUUAAAAUUCAGCCCUAAAGUUACAGGUAUCCAAACAUACACGUUAUAUUUUGUUUGCUUUCUUUCUGACUUUUUAAACAUUUUCCUUCCAGUCAAGUUGUCUCUUAAGUUUGUUCAUUUCUUCCAAUGAUUAUCUCCUUCUGUGAUGUCAGUGACUUCUUCCAUCGACAGUGCAUUGGACACCGUUCAAAAGGCUUAUUGUACUCACCGUUCUUGUCUUUAUCUAGUCUUCUGCUCAUUUGUGUGAUAAUUACUCCAUAAUUAUCUUCCUGCACAUAACUUCUGGUUACUGGCACACCACAGUAGCUGAAUCACUUUGUUUGUUUCAUCAUAUCUCUAACAGAGUUCAGCCCUUACUUCAGAUAUCUCAACCUGUUGAGUUUCUAGGCCUUAUUGUGUCCUCAAAUGGGAGUUUCCAUCAUUGAACUUGCCCCAGGAUGCCAAAUUCAUCAUUAGAAACUCCAACAAUUCUGAAAUCCAAAUUCAUACAUAAACUCCAUCUAAGCUAAUGAGGUAAUAGUGGCCACUAGUUCUACAUGCCUCACCAGGAGAAACCUCCUUUCAGCUAUUAUCCUCUCAAGCUCUUUAAGGAUUAUGUUUCGAUGUGAUCACCUUUUCUGAUAAACUCCUAAGCAUCAAAUCCCUUUCUACUUUUUUUUCCCAUUAUAAGACAACCUCUUCAAGCCUGGAAUCAAUAUAGUAAACAUUACAUUGUCUCCAAGGAGACCCUCAAGUACAUAGUAGUCAAAGUGUGGUCUCAUGUAAUUGCAGUAAGUCUUCUUCAUAUUAACAGUCCAAUUAAUUAGUGUUGAGGGAUAACAUACCAUUUACCUUCCUAACUUCUUGCUGUGUUUACCUGUUGACAUUUAUGUACAUGUUCUUUUGAAUACCAACAUGUCAUCAUCCCUUUCAAUUUAAACCAAAUUAAAAGUUUAUGAUUACAUGCCCUGACUCAAUCCAUAUUUAAUGACAUCACUGUGAUUUACCCCUGAUACAUUCUUGAAUCUUGACUGCACAGACAGAAGUCUUCAACUUUUAUUUCUUUCACUGUGUUCUUGGGUCUUUGCUUUUCUCACUGAAUUCUUAAGUCUUCACUGCUCUCAGUGGUGUUGAGUUUCCAUUAUUCUCAUUGUAUUCUGUAGUCUCUGCUGCUCUUGUGGUGUUCCUGAGUCUACUAUUUCUGUUGUGUUCUUGGGGCUCCCCUCUUCUUGCUGUUUUCUCACAACUGCUCUCACUGUGUUCCAAGUCUCCAUUGCUCUGACUGUAGCCUUGAGUUUCCACUGCUCUCAUGGUGUUCUGAAGUGCCCACUGUAAUUAGUGUUCUUGGUGCUACUCUCACUGUAAUCUUGAAUUUCCACUCUUCUCACUGUGUUUUCACUACUAUGCUUGCUGUGUUCUCAAGUCUUCUUCCACACUUACCGUGUUCUAGGGUCUCUCCUGCUGUCACUGUUGUCAGUUCUCCAAUGUUCUUACUAUUUCUGCUGCUCCCACUCUGGUCGAGACUCCACUCUCCCUGGUCCUAAAUCUUCACAUCUCAUCGUUCCUGAGCCUCUAUUGUUCUCUCUGUUCCUGAGUCUCCAUUGCUGUCACCGAGUUCUAGACUGCCCUUGAACUUCAAGUUUCACUGCUGUCAGUGUGUUCUCAUUUUUCACUGCUCUUACCAUGUUCUUGAGUCUCACUCCUUUCUUUGUGCUUUGAAACCUCACUGUGUUUCAAGUCACUUCUGCAAUUACUCUUUUCGAAAUCUCUCCUAGCCUUGCUGUGUUUUUUUUGCUUACCUUACUUGUUUUUGGUCUCUUCUGCUCUUUUUGGCUUCACUAAACUUCCUGUGAUAGCUCUACAAGUGCAUUUCUUCAUCCGAAUGCAAGACUUUACUAGCAUCUCAUCAUCCAAUGAAAAUUGUAUUUUCCAGUUCUCUUUCCAAAUUUGACAAUAUCACAUUCCUUCUGCUCCACCCAUUAUAUUCCAUCUGCCAUGUUUUUACCCAAUCAUCUAACUUGUCCAUCUCAUUGCAACUUACUUUUCCACCUAACUUUGUCUUGUCAGCAGUUCCAGACUCUUGCUAUCUUCUGGCCCUCACUGGUUUGGCUCAGGUUGUGUGGGUGUUUAGAUAAUUAUAGAUUCUUUCUUGGGUCGUUGAUGAACUACAUUGGCCGCUUACAAGGCCUUUACUUUGCACAGAUGUUGUGUUUUGUCUUCAAAUUGUUUCUGGUUUUAUUUGAAGUUCGAAAAGGGAUACAGCCCCAGAACAUUUCUGAAGUUGUAAUGACCAUAACCUUGCACUGAUGGCAUAUAUCUCAAUGUUUUUGUGUAUCUCAGAAUCGCACUUAUUAUUGAGCAUGCAUCGAAAUAGGGAUAGUGCAGACCUGAGGCUGAACUGAGCCUUUGCAGUUAUGUGUUCUCCGACCCUGAGGUUGGGCAGGCUGAUUGGGAUUACAGUACUGCAGUGAGGCAGUGUGAACACAGUGAUUGGGAUCUUGCAAUCCUGGAGUGAGGCUGUGUUUGGGAUCUCUCAGUCCUGAACGGUAUCAGUGAUUGGGAUCUCCCAGUCCUGGAGGGAGUCAGUGAUUGGGAUCUCCCACUCCCAGAGUGAGACACAGUGAUUGGGAUCUCCCAGUCCUGGAAUGAGAUAGUGAUGGGGAUCUCUUAGUCCUGGAGUGAGGCAGUGAUUGGGAUCUCUCAGUCCUGGAGUGAGGUAAUGAUUGGGAUCUCCUACUCCUGGAGUGAGGCAGUGAUUGGAAUCUCCCAGUCCUGGAGUGAGGUAAUGAUUGGGAUCUCCUACUCCUGGAGUGAGGCAGUGAUUGGAAUCUCCCGGUCCUGGAGUGAAUCAGCAAUGGAGAUCUCCCAGUCCUGGAGUGAUACAGUGAUUGUGAUUUCCCAGUCCCGUAGUAAGACCGUGAUUUGGAAUCUCCUACUCCUGGAGUGAAUCAGUGAUGGGGAUCUUCCACUCCCUGGAUUGAGGCAGUGAUUUGGGAUCUCCCACUGCUAGAGUGAGGCAGUGAUUUGGGAUCUCCCACUCCCGGAGUGAAUCCGCCAUGGGGAUCUUCCACUCCCUGGAUUGAGGCAGUGAUUUAGGAUCUCCCACUCCCGGAGUGAGGCAGUGAUUUGGGAUCUCCCUUUCUUGGAGUAAGGCAAUGAUUUUGGGAUCUCCCAGUCCUGGAAUGAGAUAUUGAUGGAGAUCUCCCACUCCUGGAGUGAAAUAGUGAUUGGGAUCUCCCAGUCCUGGAGUGAGGCAGUGAUUGGAAUGUUCCACUCCCAGAGUGAAUCAGUGAUAUGGAUCUUCCACUCCAGGAGUGAGGCAGUGAUUUGGGAUCUCCCACCCCUGGAGUGAGGCAAUGAUUUGGGAUCUCCCAGUCCUGGAGUGAGAUAGGAAUUGGGAUCUCUCAUUCCUGGAACGAGAUACUGAUGGGAAUCUCCCAUUCCUGGAAUGUGAGACUAUUGUGUAUCACCCAGUCCUGGAGUGAGGCAGUGAUUUGGGAUCUCCAAUUCCUGGAAUGAGAAAGUGAUGGGGAUCUCCCAUUCCUGGAGUGAGGAAGGGUGUACAGCUGGAACACUCACCAUCAACUCAGUGCUUCUGAACCCCAGUUUCAUUGUGUGGUCAGACUGUGUGGGAUUCUAAUGGGCAAAUAGUGAAUGGCUCAGUUCACCCAUGGCCUCUCCUCAUCUGUUCUACCUGUAGUGUUUAUUUUUGUAUUUAUUUUGUUACUCUUUUUAAAUUGUAUUUUAAGAAAUACAGAUUUAAGUAUAUGUGCUGCCUAACUGGUAAAUAGAUUGAUGGUGCUUUGUGGUCAGUUUUGGGAUUGUACUGAGAUAUUGUCAGACAGUGCAAUCCUGGCAGUGCUCCAGGCCUCUGUUUUUUAUUAACACUAGUGAAUGUCCUGUGAACCCACAUCUAAUUGAUCCACUUUGUAAAGUCAUGUCCAAUGAUCCAGUUGACCUCUUUUUCUAAGUAACACAUACAGAUCAGAUCCCCAUGUUGGUUCCAAACUCUUUACUUAUGGAAGGACGAUUUCAAGACCAGAAUUAAAAAUGUACUGAGAUUAGAA